AAUUGCCAAAAUCUUAAUGUCAUUGUAAAUGGAUCCUGAUAUUAUCUACAAAAGAACCCCUCUUUUGGCCUCUUCACCAAGGCAAACCCAUGGCCAUGACAUUAAUAAGCUUAUCCAACAUUUGUUUAUCCCAAAUCAAUCAAAUUGGUUAUUAAUCGGCCACAAUUUUCAGUUACCACAAUUCCCACAACACAAUGGUACUCUCUUCAGACAUAGUGAUCAUGUCCAUACUAGUCUCCAUGCUCCUCUUCUUCAUCGUAGUCGUCGGAGUAGUAAUCAUCCACGUCUUCAUCACAGCUAGAUCAGUCAGGAGAGCGUUAGUCGAGGAUGCCAACAACACCACCGCCACCACAGAUCCUCUCCCCGCCCAAACCCACCGCGGUUACAGCCGACCCAGGAUGUCGCAAGCCGAACUCGACAAGCUCCCCUCCUUCAACUACAACGACGACAACGAAUCCAAGAACACCACCAUCGUUGGGGGCAAAGGGAGUGACAUGGUCGAUCAAUUCGGGGAUUGCGCAGUGUGCCUCGACACCUUCAAGCCAGGGGAGAAAUGCAGGGUGCUGCCACUCUGCAAGCACAGCUUCCACGCCAAGUGCGUCGACGGGUGGCUGCUGAAGAUCCCCGUCUGUCCAAUCUGCAGGGACAACGUCGCGCUUUCUUCGAGGAGGAUUGAGAGGGAAGAGAGCGGCGGGAGCAAGAGAAACAGCAGCCAAUCCAGUGGCGAGAUGAGCUUGUUUGGUGGUAGCAUUACUACAACUGAGAGCACCAGCAGCAGCCGGUUUAGUGACGCCAGUUUUGUUACUGUGGUUGGCGGUGGCAGGUUAAGGAGUGUUGAGAAUGGUGAUGUUAUAAUUGAGAUGGUGGAGAGUUAUGGCGAUCAUGUGGAUGUAAUUGAUCGGUCCCUUUCUGGGCCUCCACGUUCUUCUGUGGAUUCCUUGCCAUAGUGAAAGAUCUGGAGGGGGACUUUGGUUUGUUGUGGUUAAUAUUUGUAUAUGUUUAUUACUACAUAGGGAAUGUCUAUUUGUUGUAAGAACAGAACAGAGAAAUUGGUGAUUUUAUUAGAAGAUACGGUUCUUGGGUAACCAGAGUUGUUCAUUCUGCCUUGAUCCGAUUCUGACUAGCAUCAGCAUGAUGAAUGAUGAUGAUCAAACCCUUCCAAAAAGUUAUUAUGUCAUAAUCAGAACUCAUAAGUAAGCCAUCAAGAAACUAGAUCCACCUACCCGUAAAUAGCUAUAGUAAUUGCAUUCUGGCCAAUAUUUAUUCCACAAUCUAACCUUAAAAAUGCACUAGGCGUAAGACGGACACUAGAGUCCUGCCAAAAUCUAACUUGUCUUGGUGCGCCUAACCAUUUGAAACAAAAAUAGUAAAAAUAUCUCAUAAUUGUCUAUAAUCACAACUUCAUAUCAUAUACCAAACCAUUACCUAGACCCAUCAUUUCUAAACACAUCAACAAACAAAACGACAUAACAAAUUGAGUGAGAAGAAACACAACACGAGAAAGAAGAAACUUCUCUAGAGAUGGUCGUCUCUAACCUAGUGGAUAGUAAUGUUCGGGAGUGGGAGAAGGAAAAGAGAGAAGAGUCUUGAUUACUGUUUGACCUAGCAGCAAAGUGAUCGCCAGGAGAAGAGAGGCACCACAAUGUCAUUUUGAGCAUCUUGUCGAAUUUCUCAAACUACAUCCCCAACUCGCUCGGAACUUUCUCUACUUGCAUCCCAGCAUGCCUCAAUGUUGCGUAGGUGUUGUUGGAUGCUACUGGUGCACUCGAGGCAUAUUGUCUGUCACUUAUAGUCAAUGUGAACCAUUUUUCUUUUGCGUAGCACCUAGGCGAGCGCUUAGGCGCGCUUUUUAGAACACUAACGCAACAACUCAUCUCAUUUAAGAAAAUUAGCAUCAUAACCAACUCUUGCUUCUAGAAUUCUCAACGCUAUGAUUCGAUGAAAGUUUAAAUUUAAUAAGCAGGUCCUUUUAAAUUGUCAUAAUUUAUUCUCGAAAGUCUUGUUGAACGAGGAGCAAGAAAGUGGAUUAAUCCUUUUUUAUAAUAACUUGUGGUAAUAUUAUUAAUCACCCGGCCGAAACUUAUCAAACCUAAAUCAUAGGGGGUCUAUUAACCCACACAAUAGAACUAUUCCAUCUAGUUUCAAAAGUUGCCAUAAGAAUUAAGAUGUGCAACUUUGUUAGUUGUUCUUCGAAUGUACUGGACAUAAUUCACACUUCCGCAAAUCAACCCCCUGUCGGAUACUUGCAUAAAACGCCGAGCUCAGUCAUAAUUGGCACGCUGUGCACAAUCUUUUGGACCAAUCUGAUUCAACCUCUAGCUGCUCAAAUUGGAGUUGUUUUUCCAUUUGAAUUCCAAAUUCUACUACCAUGGCCUCAGCCAUUCAGGAUCUCCGCUCCCUAAAAUUUUCUAGGCUGAAAGUGGGUUAAUCUCGAAUACCAUUGUCUAAAUUGUUUGAUAUAAAUAAUUAUUUAUUAAAUAAAAAGUUUAUUUAAAUUAUUUAAAUAAUAAUAUCCUACGUCGCACGUGGACGACAUCUAAACGCCACUUCAUCAGUGAUCAGACAAAAGUUGACUACCUCUAGGUCAACAAUUAAUUUUAACGGUCAACGAAAAUUCGCGUAACACAAAUGACGCAUACACCUAAUAGUGACAUUAGUCCAAAAGAGAAGGAGAAUCAACUCAUCCAUAGAAUGAAUGUGGGAUGGGCCCUUGUUCGCUGGGAUAGAGUCUUGGUCCACGUUAGCGUUGUUGGGCCCAAACUCGUAUGGACUUUACCCCACUCGAAACAUUUAUUUUUUUUGUUAUCUUUCACGGCCCAUGCCAGAAACUUCAGAUUUUCUUAUGAUCUAAUCCUCACGUUCAUCUGCACCGGAAAUGGUCACCGGCAGCCAUAAAGUAAACCUCCUAAUAUAGCUCAUAGACAACG